CCCCUUCCUGUGUAUUCAGUGGCUGUUAGUGUUGAACCAUGGCUGUCGCAGCUGCCAGGCUGAAAGUGCUUCUGCACCAUCUGCAACACCCUGGCGUUGGAUUCACAGCCGUACCCACGUCUGGGGAAGUUCAGGCUCGUCCUUGUCCCGGGAAGCUACACUACACACUGGAAGACGGCAUUCUCUCCCCUCAACAGCGCCAGUUUUAUGAGGAAAAUGGCUUCCUGCUCAUCAAGAACCUGGUUUCCGAAGAAAAUCUGGACCUUUUCAGGGAUGAAUUUGAGAAGAUCUGCCGUAAGGAGGUCCAUGUGCCUGGGCUCAUGGUGAUGAGGGACGUGGCAAUUUCCAAAUCGGAGUUCGCCUCCGAUCAGAGAGCCGUGUCCAAGAUCCAGGAUUUUCAGGAAAACGAGACGCUUUUCAAGUACUGCUGUUUGCCUGAGAUCCUGAGAUAUGUGGAGAGUUUCACCGGCCCCAACAUCAUGGCGAUGCACACCAUGUUAAUCAACAAGCCUCCAGAUGAAGGAAAGAAGACUUCCCGUCACCCCAUGCACCAGGAUCUGCACUACUUCCCGUUCCGACCUCCCGAUCGGAUUGUCUGCUCCUGGACGGCGAUGGAGCGCGUGGAGCGGAGUAACGGGUGUCUGGUUGUGUUGCCGGGGACGCACAAGAGCACAUUGAAACAACACGUCUAUCCUGAGUGGGAGGGCGGUGUCAAUAAGAUGUAUCACGGGGUGCAGGAUUAUGAUCCUACCCACCCCCGGGUUCACCUGGUGAUGGAGAAGGGCGACACUGUGUUCUUCCACCCGCUGCUCAUCCACGGGUCUGGGCUGAACGUCACUCAGGGAUUCCGCAAGGCUAUCUCCUGUCACUACGCCAGUGCUGACUGUUACUACAUAGACGUCAAGGGCACCACACAGGAGAACAUCGAGCAGGAGGUCAUCAACAUUGGACGCAGCAAAUACGGACUGGACAGCUCGGUCACCAUGGCGGAUAUCUGGAGUUUCAAAGGACGUCUGGUGCAGGGGCAGAGAACCAGUCUGUAACCUCUGGGUCUGGACGCAGGGUUCGAGCGACCACGGAGGAAACCGGGGGCUUUGGGCUCUGUGUCUGAGUUGGGAUCUUCUUGUCUCGCUGCUCCCUCUCAUUGUACGUAUUCAGCAAAUCCAAUUAAUGGACAAAAAGAGCAACGAGAGCAACAACUCCUUAAUAAUAAUCAUUUAAUAAUUUAAUGAUAUAUUAACUAACUAUCAGUAGCACUUGAGUCAGAAGGCUAUAUGGUUCGAACCCCCAGUUCCCCCCCACAUCGGAGUUGGCACACAGUCGAGGUUGACGUUCCAGUGCAGCACAGUGUGGGGUCGGGGGGAGCCCUGCAUUGUCAGAGGUGCCGUCCUUCAGAUGAGACGAUAACACCAUCGUCCUGUCCGUCUGUGCCUGUUCAGGUGGACAUGAAAGAUUUCCCCCCGCCGUGGCGCUACUCUCUCUCUCUCUCUCUCUCUCUCGCUUUCCCCCUCUCUCCCGGUGUCCUGGCCGACAAUCCCGCAGAUAAAAAAAAUUGGUCACUCGCUCUUUUUGGGAGAGUCAGCCGCGUACGCGUCUGACGCACAUGGAAACCCACCCAUCGCCGCUGCUUAAGAGUCUCCAGACCAAACCGAGCAUUUCGUGGGCCCCACCUACACAUGAAAAGCCCAGAGACAGAUUACCGCUGUUUGUGUAGCCUUCACUGAACACAAACUCGCUGCGAUGCUGGUCUACAAAAUGCACGGUCGUGAAGUAAGGGACCAGCUUUAGCCGGAGAUAUCGCUGGUUAUGAAGCACUGUUGCCCUGUGAUUACACCUAAUUCAAUAAAGUGAUGAUUCUCUUC